AUGGCAGCCGUUUCUAACAUAACCAACACCAAUGUCACACUUAAAGCAACUUUUGAUACCCGCAGUAUGGCUUCCAGCGCUGUUGCCAUUGUCGGCCUGAUAAGCAACAGUCUGGUGCUUUUGGUGUUUCUUAUCCGCAAAGAACUGCUGACUUCUUUCAACCUGUACCUGGCCAAUCUUCUCUUGGGCAACAUUCUCUACAUCUUGUCCGGCGCCUUGUUCGACAUUGUAUCUGGACUGUACCCGGCAUGGUGGUUGGGACCCAGUUGGUGCAUUUGGUACACCUACGGUAUCUGGACGUUGGCUGGUAUCCCGAUAUUUUCCCAUUUAUCCAUCGCCCUCAACCGCAUCUGGGCGUUAUACGCGCCACUGGCGUAUCGAGGUGCCCAGAGCAUGAAGGCUUCGCUGCUUGUUUGUACGACUGUAUGGGCAGCGGCGCACGCCCUGAGUUUGCCGAUUGUAGUGACGAAAGCCGUUUAUUAUUCCGACAUUUGUAACCCCAACGCGGAGGAAUCACAGUUUUUGCAUGUGUGGGAGUUGUUGAUCUUUGUCGUCAACAUGGUCUGCGUAAGUAUGAUUAUUAUGACGGCACCGUUGGUGCUGUGCCGGUUACAAUGGCGCAUUAGGGUCAUGGCCGGCAAUGAUCCGCUUCAGCGUCCGCGAACGGAGGAAAGCAUCCGCAAACUGCAGACUGUGGUGUUCUUAAUCUUAACUAUGAGUAUCUUUAUCUUCUGGACACCACUGCUUUUCGCAUUAACGGUGGCUAACUUUGUGGAAGUCAAUGCCGAACUGAUAUCGGGCUUGGCCAUUUUGUAUAAUGUGCAGAUGUUCAUGGAUCCCAUUCUGUUUAUUUGCACCAUGAAAGGUUUGCGCAUUGCUCUGAUGUCAUUGUUUUGUAUGGUGUAG